AGAAAAACAAAUGAUUAAGGUUGACACUUUUUUUUCGUUUCAGACUCAUGGUUUAAAACAACAAUACGAAACUGAUUUAACAUUUUCAGAUAAUAUUCAUAAAAUUCCCGCUUUAGCUUUUCUUGAAUCUGAUUCUGUUAUUGAUGGUUUCGAAACAUUGUGCGCACGUUUAGAUGAUAAUUACCAGGACAUUCUCGAUUAUAUGGAAGAUAUAUAUAUUGGACGAAUACGAGGUGCAAUCAGAAGACAACCUCUUUUCAAUAUUGACUUCUGGAAUAUGCGUAAUCGAGUAUUAAAUAAUACACAUAAAACAAACAAUAAUGUCGAAGCUUGGCAUCGAAAAAUGAAUUCAGCUUUUCUAUGUAAUCAUCCAAAUUUAUAG